AUGGAGAGCAGCGAAGAAGACGACGACUUCCCAUCAAUUGAGAGCAUCACUCCCCAGUCUAAAGUUGACUCUCUUUACCAAUCCCACACUGAAAAGGGAAUUAGAAAGCUAUGUUGUGAGCUGUUAGAUUUAAAGGAUGCAGUGGAGAACUUAUGUGGAAAUAUGCGAACAAAGUACUUGGCUUUUUUGAGAAUAUCUGAGGAGGCUGUAGAAAUGGAACAUGAGUUGGUUGAGCUCCGAAAGCAUAUUUCAGCUCAAGGGAUUCUUGUGCAGGAUUUGAUGACUGGUGUAUGCCAUCAAUUGGAAGAAUGGAAUCAAUCUACUACCGAAGUCCAGCCAGACCCUGAGAUUGGUGAACUUCAGUAUCCCUUGCCAAUUGAGACAGAUGAUCACAAGAUAGUUUUGGAGAAAAUUGAUGUUCUCUUAGCUGAGCAUAAAGUAGAAGAAGCAUUAGAGGCUUUAGAUUCUGAAGAGAGAAACUCUCCGGAACUGAAAAGCUCUGGAGAUACUUCAUCAACUGAAGGAUCCUCAUACAGAUCUGCUUUCUUGAAAAGAAAAGCAGUGCUUGAAGGUCAGCUAGUUGAGGUUACUGGACAACCUUUUGUUAGUUUUCCUGAGUUGCAAAGAGCCUUAAGUGGGUUAAUAAAGAUUGGAAAAGGUCCCUUGGCACAUCAGUUACUGCUGAAAUUUUAUGGGUCCCGUCUUGAGAAGAGCAUUGAAGCUCUUUCUCCUUCUUGUUCUGUCUGUCCAAAGACAUAUCCAGCAACUUUGUCUAAGCUCGUAUUUUCUGCAAUCUCACUGGCAACGAUGAAGUCUGGUUCAAUAUUUGGUGAUAAUCCUGUUUAUACAAACAGAGUUGUUCAGUGGGCAGAGUGGGAAAUUGAAUACUUUGUACGGUUAGUGAAAGAGAAUGCACCAUCUUCCAAUACAGUUUCUGCCUUACGUGCAGCUAGCGUUUGUGUUCAGGCUAGUCUCAACUACUCUUUGAUGCUGGAACGGCUAGGCCUGAAACUGUCAAAAUUGAUUUUGGUGCUGUUGUGGCCUUUUAUUGAAGAAGUUUUAGAAUUGAACUUUAGACGGGCCAGAAAACUUGUCCUUGAUUUGGUAGAAGCUGAUGAGUGCAUGUCAUUUUCACCUCGCUUUGCAGCUCCAUUGUCUGCAUUCACAAUAUCAUCAGAUCGUAUGCUUGCUGAUAGUGGGAUAAGAUUUAUGUGCAUUGUUGAAGAUAUAUUGGAACAGUUGACCCCCUUGACCAUUUUGCAUUUUGGGGGAAACAUAUUGAGUAGGAUCGGUCAACUUUUUGAUAAAUACAUGGAUGCUUUAAUUAAAGCCCUACCAGGACCAUCUGAUGAUGACAAUCUGACAGAGCUGAAGGAGUUUGUAUCCUUUAGAGCUGAAACAGAUUCAGAACAGCUUGCCAUUUUGGGAGUUGCUUUUACCAUUUUGGAAGAACUACUGCCGAAUGCUGUAAUGAACCUUUGGAAGCAGCAGAGUGAAAGUGGGGAACCAAAAAGUGGAUCUGCUGAAAAUGUCACACCUAUUCCAAGCACUGCUACAGAGUUAAAGGAUUGGAGGCGCCAUCUUCAGCAUUCAUUUGACAAGCUGCGAGACCAUUUUUGUCGGCAAUAUGUCUUGAGCUUCAUUUAUUCCAGAGAAGGAAAAACACGAUUGGAUGCACAAAUAUAUUUAAAUGGGGAUGGGGGAGAUCUGUAUUGGGGCUCUACCCCUUUGCCUUCCCUUCCAUUUCAGGCAUUAUUUGCGAAGCUGCAGCAAUUAGCAACUGUGGCUGGAGAUGUGUUACUUGGAAAAGAUAAAAUACAGAAAAUUUUGCUUGCUAGGUUAACAGAGACAGUUGUAAUGUGGUUGUCUGAUGAACAAGAGUUUUGGGGUGUGUUCGAGGAUGAUACAGGCCCUCUUCAGCCACUUGGGUUACAGCAGUUAAUUCUUGAUAUGCACUUCACUGUUGAAAUUGCACGUUUUGCGGGUUACCCAUCAAGGCAUGUCCACCAGAUUGCAUCAGCCAUAAUUGCUCGUGCUAUCAGGGCCUUUUCUGCUAGAGGUAUAGAAGUGCAAAGUGCACUCCCUGAGGAUGAAUGGUUUGUUGAAACUGCGAAGUCAGCAAUAAACAAACUACUUUUAGGAACAGAGGAAUCAGAAAUUGAUGAAGAUAACAUCCUUCAUGAUCACAUCGUGUUGGAUUCAGAUGAUUCCGUCUCUUCCCUCUCAUCUGUAGAGUCUACCGACUCUUUUGCUUCUGCAAGUAUGGGUGAACUUGAUAGUCCAAGGCAUUUCGAUGAUUCAGAGGGUUGA